AUGUCAGUUAAUUACUCCAAAUUGCACCUGGUUGACAUGCCGGUGACGGAUUUAGACGACCAAGACGAAGAUUUUGCCCUUGACGAGCACCACCACCACCAGAACCAACGUCAGCAGUUCGACCCACUAGAAGGAUUAGACUAUGAGGUGGAAGAUACCCACGACGAAGCUGGCAAUGGUUUAGGAAGUAGCGGAAUCUUCGGAUCUGUGAGGAACACCUUCAACAGUGCUGAGGAAAGGAUCCGUUUGGUGUUUAACGGGGGGUAUGGACAGCCACCGAGCUACGAAGAUAGUGAGCGUGCGCCUGAGUCUUCAGUCGAGUACUGGGCUUCUAAAGUUCGUAACGCUGGCAGGUCUUUUGGCGACACAUUGAGAGGCUCGCUACACCGAACCAAUACUUUUGAGCUAAGGGAUAUGAGCAAUGACAAUGAUGAUCUUUACGCAGAUGUGCCCAACAAUAAGAACUUGAUCACAGGUGAGAGAUCCUGGAAGGAGAAAGGUCUCUGGGGAGUUCUCAUAUUUGCCAUGUCUGGUAUGCUAUUUUUCUUGGUAAAAUUUGGUAACCCAUUGGCCAGACAGGAGGAAUAUCACAGGACCCAUACCAUUAACAAGGUGGUAUUGUCCAAUACCACGCAUGAUUUCCACAAGACGACUAUACUUGUGUCAUUGGAUGGGUUUCAUCCACACUACAUAAAUUCCAAGUUGACUCCUACGCUUCACAAUAUGCUCCUACAUGACUAUGGUGCCCCCUAUAUGAUUCCCUCCUUCCCUCUGUCCACAUUUCCAAAUCAUUGGACACUUGUGACUGGAUUACACCCUUCAGAGCACGGAAUUGUAGGUAACACCUUUUAUGAUCCGGUGUUGGAUAAACAAUUUGUUAACACGGACAAGACCAGGGGUGCAUUGGAUCCAGAAUUUUGGCAAGGAGGUGAACCGUUAUGGGAAACCGCCUACAAGCAGGGUGUAAACUCUGCUAUACAUAUGUGGCCAGGCAGUGAAGUUCCUGGAAUCGGGUUUGAAAAUGGUCCAGAGUUCGUCGAUGCCUACAAUGGCCUGGAGUUGCUUUCAGCCAAAGUAGAGCGAGUAAUGACCUGGUUGGAUAUCGAGAAGAUAGAAGAAAGGCCAGAACUUAUUCUAUCCUAUGUUCCCACGAUAGACACUUUUGGUCACAAGUACGGUAUCUCUGGCCCAGAAUUGGAGAAGGCUCUUACCUACGUUGACGACUUUAUUGAUUUAUUACUUUUGGAAUUGAAAAAGAGAAAUUUGCAAGACAUAGCCAAUGUCAUUGUAGUGAGUGACCACGGGAUGGCACCAACCUCCAACGAUAGGUUAUUGUACCUUGACGAUCUCAUCGACUUAAAUAAUGAAAUUGAGCAUAUUGAUGGCUGGCCAUUAUUCGGCUUAAGACCAAAGGAAACUGGAUCCAAAGCUGAGGAGGCUAUAAUUGAAGAAUUUAAUAAAAACAUUCCAGACGAUUUGAAGGAUCAUUUCCAAAUUUACAAGGUAGAUGAAUUGCCAGAAGAAUGGCAGUUUGGAGGAGCAUUGGAAGAUCACAAAUUCAACUACAGAUUGGCACCUAUUUGGGUAAUUCCUCACGUGGGCUAUGCUGUAACAACCCACAAGCAAAUGAAAGAUAACAACUAUGAUUAUAAGCCUAAGGGUGUACAUGGAUAUAAUAACACCGAACUCCUUAUGAGAGCUGUUUUCCUUGGGCGUGGACCAUACUUCGAUACCAAGUUGGAAAAUUCGGCUAACAUGAAGAGAAUUUUACCAUUUCAAAAUACUGAAGUGUACAACCUUAUUUGUGAUACCCUUGAUAUGAAACCAUCGCCUAAUAACGGUACUUUUGGAACUGGAAAAACAGCUCCUGGUGAAACAUUGCAUUCACAGACUUUAUUGUCCUUUAUCAAUUUGUUGCCCGAAGAUUGGCUAGACGAGUUAGAGUAUCCUAACUUACCAUUUGAAGUGGAUCAUGUAGUCGAAGACGCAACGUAUGAUUUCUUGUGGAAAAAACCUUCUAGAAUCCAACCAACUACUGUGUCAGUUAGCACGAACACUAAUCCAGCAUCGUCAUUGAAGUUGGAAGCAUCUAACAUAGCUGAGGUGUCGGAACACAUUCCAAAGCCUACAGAUUUAACAGGUGAGGCAGAACCGACUAGCAAACCAGCUGAUGACGGCGAUAAUCCAAGUAAAGGAUCCAUAGGUGAAUCAGAGGGUCACUCUUUCUGGGGUGGAAUCAGUGAAGGUUUUAAUGAUCUUGGCGAACAUUUGGACAAUAUCUUUGGAGAUGUAGUCGAUGGGGUGGAGAAUAUCUUUGACGAUUUGUUCGAUGGUGGACACGGCCGCCGCCGUAUCUAA